AUGAACAAUUCCUUUUUUGAAGAGCACGAGAUGUCUGUCAUAAUGGUGUUCAAAUAAGUAGUAUCUUACAUGUGUGUUCUUGUUUUUUUCCUUCUUUAAUUAUUCAUUUUUUCUGGGUAUUGAGAAUUCUCUAAAUUCCGCCUUUUUUCCUCACAGACUGAGCUUCUUGAACACCAAACAAAAAUACCCGUCAAAAACAAGUGAAAAACCCAAACAAAAAUUUCUGUGUUUUCUUAGAUUUUAGUUGGAAAUGAGCCUUUUCAUGUUGAUUUUGAGCUAAAAAUAGUUUUUAUUUUUCAAAUUUCCUUUACAUUUCAUGCAUUUAGAUGUUCGUGGUCCUAAUUUCCAAAUCUAAAGCUGCUAUUUUAGUAAGUUUCCUAUCUUUCCUAAUUUAAUGCCGUAGUAGUUCUUGAUUUAACGUGGGAUUUGUGGCAUUAGAGUUGCCUUAAUUGCUGUUUUUCCUCCACUUUUGACAGCUGAUUUAGUUGGAAAUAGCAAUGAGAUUAGGCUUUCAACAGAAUGACGCUGACUCAUCCACUGGGCAAAGUCACUCUGAUAGUUUCAGAAAAUCUGCAUCUGUAUUUGGAGAAGAUGACACUUCACCUGGACAUGGCCUGGAUGGAAGUUACAGGAUAUCCAACACUGGAUUGCAUCAUAAUGAUCUGGACUUGUACUCGACGCAAAGUUUCGAUGAAAGUUUCAGAAAGCCAAAAGCUGGGGUCUGUAAGGGUUCUUCUGGCUUCACAUCUCUUAACAAGUUAGCUCCUAUCUCCAAAAGAGCCUACAAGACACUCAAAGACUGUGCAAGAAACCUAGUUGACUCAGAUCUCUUUAUUCAGAGCCUAGAAGAUUGGAUUUUGGAAAAUUCUCUUACAGAUUCUAACCACGGUGAACAGUAUUCAUUUGAUUCGCCUUUCCAAAUUGAUGAACUACGCCAGCUUGACUAUGCUUUGGAGGGAACCUUUUUUCAGCAACUUUUCCGUAUGCCAACCUCCUUUUACUGCUCUAGUGAUUUAAAAGAAGAGGAAUAUUUUGCUUUGGAAGACUUCCUUCACACUGUGGCUGAAGGAUUAUGGCGUACCUUUUGGCACAAGAGUUCUCCUUCACCAUUUGUUGUGUCUUGUGCUCGUCAUCCUCGAUCAAGGUUCUAUUCUCUAGAUAAAGCAAUAUCGAAGGGGAAAGUUGCAGAGCUUUGUGGUGCAGCUUUGAUAGCAAGAGACGGAAAUGAUGUAAAUAUCCACUGGGACCAAGUGGUUCAAUUGUCGUUAUUCAAACCUGAUAUAAUGCUGGGAAAUAAAUUGGGGAUCUCAUUGAAUUCUUUAAGUGAAGCCCUUUUCUAUGGCUUUCAUAUACUUGUUUCAAGGAGGUUGAGCAAACGUUGUGAGUUUAACGAUAAUUCUGUAUUUAUUCUGGUUAUGGAUUCUAAAUUUGGAGCAGUGGUGAAGUUAACUGGUGAUGUUCGCCAUCUUGAGCUGAAUAUAGACAAUCCAUAUCAGGCAGUGGCUGAAUGGAUGAAGACUCAUUCAGAGGUUAGUGUUUCUACAGUGGACAGAAUAUGGAACAAAUUAGGAAAUGCCAAUUGGGGUGACUUGGGAACUCUGCAGCUUCUAUUGGCAACUUUCUACUCCAUUGUCCAAUUUGGUGGCUUACCAAGAAAAUCAAUAGCUUCACUAGCGUCGGACCAUAGCCUCCGGCUUCAAAAACGAAGAAUUGAGUGUCAUCUUUUUGAGACUGAAACUAGGAAGCGUUCCUCUCAAGACUAUAUCGCACAAGGAGAAAGAGAAAUUUUGGAACUCGGGCAUGAAGUUAAUCCAGCUAUCAUGCAACAAGCAUCACACUUGAUGCUUCAAGAGGGUGACAUAAUACAUGUUGAAGAUCAGCAACAUGGUGAAAAGAGUUUUCAAAUCCAAGAGCCAUUGUUUGAUGAGAAAUCCUUUUGCUAUAGUGCUAUAUCACUAGAAAAUCCCACGCAGCUGUUAACUUUAUAUGUGGGUGCUCAUCCAUCUAGACUAGAACCAUCAUGGGAAGAUAUGAGUUUAUGGUACCAAGUACAAAGGCAAACCAAAGUUCUAAACGUCAUGAGGCAAGCAGGAAUUUCGAGCAAAUAUUUGCCCGAAAUUGUCACCUCUGGAAAAAUGUUGCAUCCUGGUAGUUGUAAGAAGAAAAAUCCAAAUGAGAAAUGUGAUCAUCCAUUGUGUGGAACACCAGUUCUUGUGACAUUUCCCAUUGGUGAUCCUGUUUCAUGUAUUGUCUCUCAAGAUGGGCCAUUUUCCUGCGAGGAGGUAAUCCGUUGCUGCAAAGAUUGUUUGGCAGCCUUGAGAAGCGCAAAGAUGGCAAAUGUUCAGCAUGGAGACAUUUGUCCGGAGAAUGUGGUGCGUGUUAGUGAUGCUCAGGGUUCAAGCAGUAGCUUCUUUUACGUCCCGGUGUCGUGGGGACGGGCUGUUUUGGAGGAAAGAGAUGGACCUGCAAUGAAUUUGUUCUUCUCGUCAUCCCACACUCUUCAGCACGGGAAGCUUUGCCCUUCAUCUGAUGUGGAGAGUCUAGUUUAUUUACUCUACUUUUUGUGUGGGGGAAACAUGCAGCAACAAGAUUCAAUUGAAUCUGCUCUGCAAUGGAGGCAGAGGAGCUGGUCUAAGAGACAUAUUCAAAGGCACCUUGGUGAAGUUUCUGCAAUUCUGAAGGCGUUUGCUGAUUAUGUAGACACCCUUUGUGGGACUCCUUAUCCAGUUGACUAUGAUGGAUGGCUAAAAAGAUUGGGUAAGGCUGUCAACGAGUCAGCUGACAAGGGAAAACUGGUUGAAGAAAUGUCAAAUAACAUGAGAAUUGAAGAUGUUGCUGGUUCUUCAGGGAUCUCUGAAGGCGGUUCAUGACUCUUUCUUGCUGCCGGAGUUGUACUUUGAAUGAGUUUUAUGUUCUGUUUAUGUAGUAUAGUAGGCUCCAACACUGCCAUUAGUUUAUCUGGAAUGCUUAAUUGCAGCUGCGCAAUUAGCUAGCUAAUGUUGUGCAUGUUCCUAUUGAUCCUAUUGAGUAUUGACCAUGUAAUAGUGAACAUAGGUUUCUUUUGGAGAUACAAAAUAGUUUUGUAAAUGAGCUAACUAAGCUUACAUGCAUGAGUAGGGCAUCAAGGAUGCCGAUUUGUGCACAUUCAUGUGACCAGCAAUAUUAUUGGACAUUUGGAAUUUGGAAUUUGGAA